CAUCUGCUGCAUUGUCUCUUUGUCAGCAUGUCUUGUUUGAGCUUCAAAAGAAAUUUUAUUCCAUGCAAGAAGUCAUGGAAGAGAUUCAAAGGCAAACUUAUGAGAGUGAAGAUUGGAAGAGUUCGGAGAUCGAUGAUCGAUAAUUCUCCGAAAAGAAAUGAUUUUCAUGCAUGUAAGUUGAGUUUUAGGCCUGUGUAUGUUGAUGAACUGUUUAAUCAGCCGGAAAUUAUGGGUGUUGAUGAAUGUCAUGUUAAAGAGAAGGUGGUGGAGAAAAGCAGUGUGUUGAAUUAUCAAGCAGAGACUUCAUCAUCUUCUGGGUUUGUUGUUAGAGAUGUUAAUUUUAAUGAAGUUGAUUUGAAGGCAGAGAUGUUCAUUGCUAAGUUUAAGGAAGAGAUGAGGCUUCAAAGACAGAGGUCUUUUGGAGAGUAUCAAGAGAUGCUUGCCAGAGGUGUUUAGUUCUUGAUUAUUAUAUGGAUGAUAUAUAUAUAUUGUUCAGAUUAUUAGUUUUCUGUUGUUUUAUGUAAAUGAUUUGAUUUGGAGAUGAUUUGAGAGUUUGUGAAUUACAGAUGUGUUAUGACAUGUGCCAACAAAGAGUACAAUUUGUGACAAAUUGAA